GAACUGCCCGUCUGCCACACAUACAGUUAGUUCUCCACUCUCUCCCCUGUCAUUCCGAAUUCAAGCUUUUCUCCCACAGUCCGACUGUUCCGACAAUUCACUCUCCGGCAAGAACUUAUGGUGGUGCCGGAAGUUACCUACUUUCCUUGCGACGGGGACGGCGUCUGCAUGAGAUGUAAGAGGAAGCCCUCAGCUAAGGAGACCUUGACUUGCCACUCAUGCGUCACUCUAUGGGCCGCCUGCCUCUCCGUCUUCCCGGAAUCAAUGCACGACGCUUCCCUGUGGGAAUGUCCGGACUAUUCUCUGCAUUUCACAGAAGAUAAUGAUAAAGCCGUCACCGGCGGUGCAGUCUUGGUCGUCGGCCGGCGACCUGAUUGCAGGGCUACGACCCAUUGAGGCCGAUGCGUCACUCACUGUGCAGCUUUCCGACAACAGACCCGUGAAGAUUUCACGCUCCACUCAUGAUCUGCACACCCCAAACGCAUUUGAUGAAUAUGAUAGUGAAAGUCAAAGUGUGGGAAUCGGACGAUCUGAAGUUUCUGAAAAGAAAAUUGCGAAGAAAAAAUGUAAAGAAAGAAGCAGAGAGAUGGAACAAAACUCAGUAAAAAGAUUCAAACACGAUGACGAGAUGAAGAAGUUUAAAAUGAAAUGGGAUGCGCUUGGAAAGAAUUAUGUUAAGUCACUAAUCAUGAAGACAGAUUUUGAAAUCAUGAAUGUAGACUUAACAAGGUUUUCGCCAAGGAAGCAAAUAUGGUUAAGGCAACAACAAAGUGCUAUCUUGAAGUACAUUCAAGAUUAACUUAUUUUGGACUGAAGCUCCCAAAGCUUCUAUCUAUGGCCCAUGAGGCCAUGACUACUUUUCAGUCAAUGAUAAGAACUUAGUUUUAUUAUGUAAUUAUUAUGAAAUGUUUAAGUUUAAGCUUUCUACUCUUCCUUAUGUAGUUAUGUUAUUCUACGUGAUGCAAUUUAUUUCACA